AUGGAGAGUGUUUACAACGAGAGCCAAAACCACCAGCAGCACCAUCGGGGCCGGUACCAGGUGGUCACGGCGGGAGCGGACAGCCCCGGGCCCGGUGGAGGUCUCAGCCUUCGCGCGCUGACCGGCUGCGUCCUGUGCGUCCUGAUCGUGUCCACCCUGCUGGGCAACACUCUGGUGUGCGCCGCGGUCAUCAAAUUCCGCCACCUGCGCUCCAAAGUCACCAACUCCUUCGUCAUCUCUCUGGCGGUGUCCGACCUGUUCGUGGCCGUGCUGGUGAUGCCCUGGAGGGCGGUGUCCGAGGUCGCCGGCGUCUGGCUCUUCGGCCGCUUCUGCGACACCUGGGUCGCCUUCGACAUCAUGUGUUCCACGGCGUCCAUCCUCAACCUGUGCGUCAUCAGCAUGGACCGCUACUGGGCCAUCUCCAGCCCGUUCAGGUACGAGCGCAAGAUGACGCGCAGGUUCGCCUUCCUGAUGAUCGGGGUCGCCUGGACUCUGUCCAUCCUCAUCUCCUUCAUCCCGGUGCAGCUCAACUGGCACCGCGCGGACGCGGACGACUCGACGGCGCACAACCCGGACAACUGCAACGCCAGCCUGAACCGGACCUACGCCAUCUCCUCGUCCCUCAUAAGCUUCUACAUCCCCGUGGUGAUCAUGGUGGGGACGUACACGCGCAUCUUCCGCAUCGCGCAAACCCAGAUCCGGCGGAUCUCCUCUUUGGAGAGGGCGGCGGGCCCCCGCGCGUCCACGCACGACGAGAGCUCGCUGAAGACGUCUUUUAAGAGAGAGACGAAAGUUUUGAAGACUCUGUCCAUCAUCAUGGGGGUGUUUGUGUUCUGCUGGCUGCCGUUCUUCGUGCUGAACUGCGUGGUGCCUUUCUGCGCCCUGGACAAGGUCGGAGAGCCGCCGUGCGUCAGCGACACCACCUUCAGCAUCUUCGUGUGGUUCGGCUGGGCCAACUCGUCCCUGAACCCGGUCAUUUACGCCUUCAACGCCGACUUCAGGAAGGCCUUCUCCACCAUCCUGGGCUGUAAUAAAUACUGCUCCGCCUCCACGGUGGAGACGGUGGACUUCAGCAACGAGCUGGUGUCCUAUCACCACGACACCACCAUGCAGAAGGAAGCCUGCGCCGUGCCGGGCCCCGGGGCGCAGAGACUGGCCCCCAGCAUGCCGCCGCCGCCGCCUCACACGGGAGGAGGUCUGGAGCAGAACUUUGACAGAGGGUCUGUGAUUUCAGACGAUUCCCAGAACCGCGGGAACCUACUGCUUCCCGCCAUCCUGCAGUAUGAAUGCGAGGCAGAGAUUUCUUUAGACAUGAUGCCCUUCAACUCGUCCGGACCCUCCGACUGUUAUGUUAUCCCGGGUCAGAUCCAGGACUCGUGA